AUGGAUGAAGGUGACGAAUAUGUUCCACAGAUCUCACAAAUUGAUUAUACAUUAAUCGACAAUAAUGCUGCAUCGGCGCAAAGUGAUGUAUUUAGUGAUGUGACGCCGUUAAACGUAUCAACGGUCAGUGCGACAAAUUCACGUAUUCCAUGUCAUUUAAAUGCUUUAACGCAGUUACAACAUGUCAAUUAUAGUAAUGACAGCAGUAAUAAUAAUUUUCAACUAAAUAAUGAUUUAUCUCGGCAACAUAAUUUAAUUAAUUUAAAUCCUCAGCUCAGUAUUCAGCAACAACAGCAACAACAACAGCAAAAGCCAAAAACAACAAGAAGACGCAAAAAUACGGUAAAUAUUGGUGAACAAAUGGUGCAAGAACAACAGCAAUUAAUUUCCGGAAUAGCACCAGGCUUGCAAUCAAAUAUUUUAUCAAAUCAAGGAACAGUUAGACAGCCAUAUAUGACAACAAAUCCGAUGCAAAAUAUGACCGCUUUAUCACAAAAUCCAAUGAUGAGUGCACAUAUGAGGCCAAUAAAUAUGCAGCAGCAACAACAGCAGCCGGCAAUAAGUGAUAUAAAUAUGAGAAAUAUAGCAGCACUUGCGAAUGAUCCAUAUAGUCAACAACAGCAACAUUGGUAUCAGCAACAACAGCAGUAUAGACCGAACCAUUAUCAUCUUCAUCAGCAUCAUCAUCAACACCAACAAAUACAUUAUGGGCAUCGAGCAUCACCACCAGUGCCAUCUCAUCAGUAUUAUCAAUCACAGCAGCAUGAUCCACGAAUGUUACAGUAUUAUCAGAAUUAUCAAUCACUUCCCCGAUAUCCGAAUUCUUCGGCAGCAGUACAGCCACAACAACAACAACAAUAUUAUGUGGAUCAAGGAUAUUAUGGAAGGGCACCGCAAUCAAAUCAUUUAGCACCACCAAGUGGACUGGCAGCAGGAUUAGGAGGACCAGCGGGGUUAGGUGCAGUAACAGGACUAACAGGGCCAACAGGACCAGCACAAGCGCAUUUUACUAUUAUUUUUAGUAUGUACGAUAUGCCAAAUAGAAACCUACAAGCAUCACAGCAAAUUGAACAAUUGCAAUUACGUUUGCAAUAUUUACAAAGAUGUUCAAUGACUGAUUUUCGUGCCACGCCGCAGAAACUUCCUGAACAAAAUGUUCAGCAACAACAGCAUCAACAACCACAACAGCAACAACAGCAACCGGUAUCAGUUAUGCAACGAGGUUCAGAAGUACAAGUGAAUAUAAAGCCUGAUGUUCCUGGACAUACACUAAUUAGCGUUUAUCAUCAAUAUCCUUCAAGCGCAACGCAGAACCCUCAAUCUCAUUCUGGUAACACUAGUAUUCUAAAAGAAUGGAUACCACAAGACGAAAAUGGUGCAUUUAAGGAUUGCAUACCACCCGAACCGAUACCUUCAUCGUUGCGAACAUCAUUUGUCGAUUCGCUAGGAAAUAAUAGCGUUAAUAUUUCUAAUCCCAUACAGUCUAUUAGUAAUAGUAAUAAUACCUGCUCAAAUGAACGUACUCAUUCAAUAUUAGUAUCGAAUAAAAAUGCUCAAUUAGAAGAGCCGUCUUUAUGUUAUCCUGCACAAAAUAUGGUUUGUUCUCAAAUUGCUGAAAAUGAAACUUCGUCAGCUGAAACUGCUCGAUUGAUAGAACCUAAUAUUAUUCAAGUGAAUAAAGCUGAUAGUAAUGAAUCGAUUGAUGCGAGUAAAGGAACAAUUAAUGAAGAAAUAAAUAAGCAUGAGUUAGGAAAAGAAUUCAAAGAAAAAAUAAAUGAUUUUGUCACAUUUACUACUAAAGAGAAAACGAAAGAAAUGGAAGUUGCUCAACUAAAUGAUGAUGUUCUCAGCAAAAUGGAAUUGGAUACUAAAUUAAGUAGCAUUAAAAAAAUUAAUGAGAAUGUUAGUAUAAUGGAAGCAAGUGAUGAGACCGAUGAAAUAUCUCAGAAAGAAUAUCCUAAUCCAAAUUCUUUAAAACGAGAAGAAAUAAAAGAAAUUCAUGAAGAAAUGGUUGAUGUUGGUGAGGAAUCGUUGGAAAUGAGUAAUGAAAAAAAUAAAUCGGAUUUGAUAAAAGAAGGAAAAGUUGAGGCAACAGCGUCUGAAAUAUCCAAAGAUGAAUCUCAACCAUCUCACCAUAUUGAAACAGAUGAUGCUGAUGAAAGGAAUAAUGAAAAGGCGAUAGGAAUUGGAUCUUCAAAACAAAGGAAUCUUCUAAACAAAAAAACAAUCAAUAGAAAAAGAAAACAAAAAGAUAGUGAAAUUUCAGAUGAUGUAGAGGAUGAUGAGUUUAUUCCGGAAUCUAAAAGACCAAGGAAGCCAGUUAGAAGGAAACGAAAAGAGAAAUAUGAAAAUGAGGCACCUAAGCGCCGUUCUGGACGUACUUUAGGUGCGGAAAGGAAAAGUUAUAAUUUGCAAGCGAAAUGGGAUGAAAUGGAUGAGGAAAUUGGCGAUAGUGAUGGUGAGGCUAAGGAAAUGAAAAAGGAAGAGCAAAGUGAAUUUAUUAUCGACAAAAUCAUAAGUAUUAAAAGGAGCAAAAAAGAACCUGAUAAAUUUUAUGUGAAAUAUAAAAACAAGUCAUAUAUACACUGUGAAUGGAAAAAUAAAGUAGAACUAGAAUCAGGUGAUAAACGAGCAGCAGCUAAAAUCAAACGUUUCCUCCAGAAAAGAUCUCAUAGUUCUGAUCAGGAAGAAGAGCAUUUUAAUAGUGAUUUUAUUAUUGUUGAAAGAGUAUUGGAUAUGACUACUGGUGAUGAAAAUAGUAAAGAAAACGAAAAAAAAGCUUUUGUCAAAUGGAGAUCGCUGCCUUAUGAAGAUGCUACUUGGGAAACUAUUGAUCUUGUGCCUAAGGAUAAACUUGAUUUAUACAAAAAAUACAACACCUUAGAUCAACUCAAAGUGAAACCAAUGCAACGACCGUCAGCAUCGGAAUGGCGAAAAAUUCCUGAGGAUUUAGCAUUCAAAGACAAUAAUACUUUAAGAGAUUAUCAGUUUGAAGGAGUGAAUUGGUUGCUGUAUUGUUAUUUUUAUAAACAAAAUUGUAUAUUAGCAGAUGAAAUGGGAUUGGGAAAAACUGUACAGACAAUAUGUUUUCUGCAGCGAUUAUAUGACUAUGGUUUACAUGGUCCUUUUUUGAUUGUUGUUCCUCUUUCUACAGUCCAUAAUUGGCAACGCGAAUUUGGUAUAUGGACUGAUAUGAACACAGUUGUAUAUCAUGGAAGUGCAGCUAGCCGUCAGUUGAUACAAGAAAAUGAAUUCUAUUAUCGCCAAAAUGACAAUAAGGCUGUACUUGAUCUUAUUUUUCAAUUUUUCAGAAUGAUAGUAGAUAUAUUUCAAAUAAAUUGUUAUAUCCUUCAUAAAAAAAGCACUGUAAAGUUUGAUGCUUUAAUAACUACGUUUGAAAUGAUUGUCAGUGACUGUGAACUUCUCAGAGUAAUUAAUUAUCGCGUAUGUGUUAUUGAUGAAGCACAUCGUCUUAAAAAUCGAAAUUGUAAACUCUUAACAGGAGGUUUAUUAUCGUUCUCGUUUGAACAUCGAGUGUUAUUGACAGGAACACCUCUUCAGAAUAACAUUGAGGAACUUUAUUCGUUAUUAAAUUUUCUUGAACCCGAACAAUUCCAUAGCUCCGCAAGUUUCUUAGAACAAUUUGGUGAAUGCCAGACGGAGGAUCAAGUUUCAAAAUUGCAGGAAAUACUUAGACCUAUGAUGCUUCGUCGUCUUAAGGAAGACGUUGAGAAAACUCUUCAACCUAAAGAAGAAACAAUUAUUGAGAUUCAGUUGUCGAAUACUCAAAAAAAAUAUUACCGAGCAAUUUUGGAGCGAAAUUUUUCUCAUUUAUGCAAAGGUUCUUCGAUGCCUUCUUUAAUGAAUGCUAUGAUGGAGCUACGAAAGUGUUGCAAUCAUCCUUUUCUUAUCAACGGAGCAGAAGACCAAAUAUUGUCGGAAUUGAAGACUAUUCAUCCAGAUUGGAGCGAAGAUGAGUUGUACCAAAACGCUCUUGUUCAGUCCUCGGGCAAGCUUGUUUUGAUUUCUAAAUUGUUACCUAAAUUGCGAGCUGAUGGUCAUAAAGUUCUCAUUUUUUCCCAGAUGGUGCGCGUACUUGACAUUAUCGAAGAAUAUCUAGUAACACAAAAUUAUACGUUCGAGCGUAUUGACGGUAAUGUUCGAGGUGAUUUGCGUCAGACAGCAAUCGAUCGCUUCAGCAAAAAGGAUUCGGAUCGUUUCGUUUUUUUGCUUUGUACUCGUGCAGGCGGUUUAGGAAUCAAUUUGACAGCUGCAGAUACAGUUAUUAUUUUCGAUUCGGAUUGGAAUCCACAGAAUGAUUUACAGGCUCAAGCACGCUGCCACCGUAUAGGACAAACUAAAAUGGUGAAAGUAUACAGAUUAAUAACGAGCAACACUUAUGAGCGGGAGAUGUUCGAUAAAGCUUCUUUAAAACUAGGGCUUGACAAAGCGGUGUUGCAAUCAACCACUGCAUUAAAAGACAACUCGCAACAACUUUCAAGAAAGGAAGUUGAGGAAUUAUUAAAAAAAGGGGCCUAUGGUGCAAUUAUGGAAGAAAGUAAUGAGGAAAGCAAAUUUAAUGAAGAAGAUAUUGAAACAAUACUUUUGAGGAGAACGACCACCAUCACUCUUGAGGCUGGUGUUAAGGGAUCAACAUUCGCAAAGGCUUCAUUCAAUUCUUCGACUAAUAGAGAAGAUAUUGAUAUUGAUGAUCCGAAUUUUUGGUCGAAAUGGGCUAAAAAAGCAAACAUCGAUACUGAAUUCAAGCAAACGGAGCAAGAUCUUAUUGUAUUAGAGCCAAGGAAUCGUAAAAAAAGAUUCGAGGAAAAUGUUUACAAAUCAGGAGGUGAUGAAAGUGGUGAAGAAAGUGAUGAUGAUAGCAUUAAAGGUCGAAAGCGAGGAGAACGAAAAAGUGAACGUAAAAAACGCAAUGAAGAUGACGAGUAUCGUCCAGAUGAACUUGCAUUCAAUAAAAGCGAAUAUUUUCGAGUAGAGAGAUUACUUGCUCAAUUUGGAUGGGGUCGGUGGAAAAUUAUGAAAGAAUCCUCUGAUUUAAAGGAAGGAAUAAGUGAAAGCGACAUUGAACAUAUAUCCAGGACCUUAUUGUUGCAUUGUAUUCGAGAAUAUCGUGGUGAUGAAAAAAUUCGCGAAUUCGUUUGGCGCCUUAUUAUACCUAAAGGUGGAUUAGUAAUGAAUCGAGCUGUUUCAAAAAAGCGUACAAGCAAUUUUUCAUCAAUGUUCCAUGAAGGUUGGGCUGCUCUACCUGAAUUCAAUCCUCCUGCUUUUGCUGUUGAUUCCUCUUUUCAACGGCAUAUACAUAGGCAUUCCAAUAAACUGUUAAGCCGAAUGCAUCAGUUACAUAUUUUGAAUUCUGAGAUAAUUGGUAGCCUUAGCGAAGCGAUUAUGAAUGGAACCGAUGCUAAAGAUAUUGGUUUGAUUGUUGAAAUUAAUGAAGCUUUCGUAUCUGGUUGGGAUGCAGAAUGUGACAAAAGUUUUCUGAUUGGAGUUCACAAGCAUGGUUUUGAAAAUUAUGAAACUAUACGAAACGAUCAGCUGCUGUGCUUUCAUUCGAAAAAUAUUGACUCUUUUCCUUCAGCUAAUGAAUUGUUCACUCGCUUUAGAAAAUUAUUAACUCAUUUUCAACGCAAAAGGAAUGAUUCCAUUAGCACUGUUAUAUGGUCGAAACGAGAAGAAGCAGAAUUUAUGAGAGUAUUACGGAGUUAUGGCGUAAAAGAUGAUCCGUCAACUAUUAUAAAUUGGACAAGACAGUUAUCUCCACUGCUUGAAAAGAAAAGUGAUGGUGAUUUAAUGGAGGAGUUAUAUUGUGUUCUUUCGAUGUGUACGAAACAAUUAGGAAGUGAAAUGACAACAGUUGAUCAACAAAGAGCUAUGAGGGUUGAAGCAAUUUCAACUCGAAAGGCCCAUAAAUUAAUGCAGAGAAUGAAUUUUAUGCGACAAAUUCAUGACUGGGCUGAAUCAAUGGCAGAUAAAAAAACUUUGCUAAAACUCUGCUCAAGUGAAGCAAUGCCUAGUGGAUGGUCAGUCGAACAAGAUGAAGAAUUGUUUGCAGCCGUAGAUUCGAAUGGUCUUGACAACAUAUCUGGAACUAUUGCUAAUCAUCCGGCAUUUCAAUCUAUCAUACGACCAGAAGAAAAGACCUUGCUUCGUCGUAUUAUUGAAAUUUUUACUACGUUACAAACUAAAAAAUGGAAUGGAGCUGCAUCAACUGAUCUUCUCGAAGAUUCAGACGAUGAACAAAAUACUGCUCAAUUACGCGUCAAAAGGGGUCGUAAAAAGUGUCCUAUCUCCAAUGGAAACACAGAUCUUGUCGAUUCAGAAAAAGAAAAAAUGCGAGCUCUUGCUCAUCAGUCUUUUCUUCAAAGGCUUGAACAACUUCCAUUAGCAGCUGCUGUUAUGGCUCAAAGCGCUUUUCUUCUGCCACAUUUGCUGUCAAGUCAGACCAUAUCACAGCAAGCACUCUCAAAUCUUUUUGGUUUUCCCAAUUCAACAUCUUCUGGAUCCUCAUCAUCUAGUAGCACAAAAACUUUCCAAGAUUCAGAUAGUGUUCUUAAUUUAAGCAUGAAAGAUUCGAAUCAUACGAAGCAAGCUAAGAAUUCAGCUCCAACUGCACCAAAUUUUUUAAAUAAUCUCAAUUUCUCGGAAUUAUUCGCUAUUGCAAACUUAUCACCUGAAACAAGAGUACCAGUCGUAAAUAUUGAUACUGGUGUUGUAUUAACUGGCGAUCAGGCGCCAAAGGUCAAAAAUUUGGGUCAAUGGCUUUCAGCUCAUCCGAAAUAUAUAUUAGAAACUCCAGGUCCAAGUGCUACAUCGGCUGUUUCAAAAACACCCAAUAAAACUGCAUCGGUAGAAAAAAUUGCGAAUAAAAGAGAUAUUUCAGCUUCAUUAAAUGCAAAACGUUCAUCAGUUGAUCACGAAGUUUUAAAGGAAUCAAUGAACGAUAUAAAAAGCUGCUCUAAACUUGAGCCUGGAGAAAUUCCAAAAGCACUAUCUUCAAGCAAAACCGCAUCAAGUUCUCUUCUUGAAGCUUCUGACCAAUCAGUUACUGUAUAUCAGCGAUCAACAGGAAUAAUUCUAGCACCAGACAAAUGGCCUUCAAUCAAAAAUCUACAAUUGUGGCUAGAUAAGCAUCCAGAUUGUAAUGUGCACUCUUCCAGUAUUCAUCUUGCAACGACAGUUUUGCCAAAAUCAUACGCAGAUCGAUUAGGAGGUGAACCGAUUGCAUCGUCUCUCUCACAUGCAGCUGGAUUAGAAGCUUUACAAAUGCACAUGAUGCUCCAACAGUCACUAAUGAACCAAAGUCUUUUAGGCUUAGGCGCAUAUGGACCUGUCAACCCUUAUGCAAUGCUUGCGGCUGCUUCAGUAUCAACACCAUCAGUCAAAGCGUCUUCAAAAGAUAUUCUGAAUCCUGUGUUAAAUUCUCUCAUAAAUCCUUCAACAGCGUUGCAACAAUUACAACAAAUGCAGUCUCUACUCACAACUGAUUCUUCAUUAUUACUGAAUUCUCCGUCAUCUAUGAUAGGAAGCAGUAAUACAUCGAGCUCUCUGAACACAAACAUACCAAAAGCAUCAUCAUCUAGAAAGUCGACACCUAAAGGGCGAUUAAAUGCCGUUGUUGAGAAACUUGCAUCAAGUCAAUCAUAA